AUGUCGCUAUCAGCAGCUGCAAAUAAAAUUUCAGACAACGAUUUUCAGAAUAUAGGACCUGCUCCGCGACCACCAGGUUCAGGAGGUGGUGGAUUCAACCAAACAAAACCUAUUACCAAGUUUUUAAACCAGUUAGACUUGAAUCGUGACGGUAGCAAUAACAAAUCGAUUUCUCAAACUACGAUGAAUUUCAAAAAGAGAACAGGCUGGAUAUCAUAUAAGGAUGAUGGGUUAUUGUCGUUCUUAUGGCAGAAGAGAUUUUUAGUUUUGAAUGAUUCAUAUUUGGCACUUUACAAAAAUGAUAAAGUUAAUGAAGAUCCAGUUCUUCAAAUACCAUUGACAGGUAUUGUUAGCGUGUCACGUACCCUUUUGAAACAAAACUGUUUUGAGAUAGUUCGUUCUACCGAUAGAAUGUCUUCCAAUUCUAUUUCAUCCGCUGGUUCUGGAGGAUCAGGAGGUGGACUGGAUCCAGGCUCCAAAAAAUCAAUAUAUAUCGCUACAAAGACUGAGCAAGAACUUCACAGUUGGUUAGAUGCAAUCUUUGCCAAAUGCCCCCUAUUGAGUGGUGUUUCCUCACCUACAAACUUUACGCAUAAAGUUCACGUUGGUUUUGAUCCAGAAACUGGUAGUUUUGUAGGAAUGCCUUCCAAUUGGGAAAAACUGUUAAAACAUUCCAGAAUUACAGGUGAAGACUGGAAUAAUGAUUCGGCAGCGGUGAUCCAAGUUCUACAAUUUUACCAGGAGUAUAAUGGAAUCUCAGAUAAAAAUGAGAGUAGUACAAAUCUGGCAUCUCAUCAGAAUGCCUCUCAAACUUCUUUGAACACCAACAACAGUAUUAAUAGUAAUAGCAAUAAUAAUAAGAAUAAUAAGAAUAAUAAGAUACCCAGUGGCCCCUCGAGCAAUAGUUCUCAUAGUCCUGGUAGUAGUGGUAGUUCAGACUCAUUGAAAUCAAACAGUAUUAAUGGGAAACAUCAACAAUUACAACAGCAGGCACAUCAAUCUUCUAGUUCGACUGGCCUCAUACCUCAGCGACAGCCUCCUACUCCUCCUAAUAGUAAAGGAGCUAAUGUGACUAUGGGGCCCGGUAAUCAAUCUAUAAAACCUAAUGUCACUCCCGUUAAAGUUACUCCAAUACAAACUAUGAAUCAUCCACAGCACCAAAUGAAGAUGCAACCAAUGAGGCCCAUGCCUUCACCCACAAACGGAGGUUUCCCUCGUGGUAUGCCAAGAAAUCUACCACCACCACCACCACCACCACCACAACAGCAGUUUUACCCUAAACAUCAAUUUAUCCCUCAUCAACAGCAUGCUUCUCCACCUGAAAUGAAUGGCUAUAGACCACAUCAUAAUAUGAUGAAUCCAUAUGCCAAACAAAUGAACGGUGGUGGAUCCACGGUUAAUGGCCAACCCAAUUUACCUAGAGCUUCACCCCAAGGUGGCCAUGUUGACAAAAACGUUAACAUGCCGCCAAGGCUACGUCCACAGCGUGCUGCUCCCCGUCCACCUGUAGCUGCCGCAGCAGCAGCUGCUGCCACCGCUACCAACAAUCAUUCUGCACCUCAGGUAAAUGUCAAGGUUAAUACCAAUGACCCGGUCGCUCAGCAAUCAUCGGGCCCUAUGGGUGCCAAACCUUCACCAGGUAAACAACAGCAGCAGCAGCAACCACUUCCGAAUGUUCCUCAACCUCAAAGACAAGCUCCAAAGAAACCUCAGGUUGAUGCUACAAAUAAGGAUGUUGGUGUUACGAAACCUAGAAAACAGAAUAAGCCUACCAUGUCCAAUGCUGAAAUAAUGUCGAAAUUGAGGAGUGUUACCCUUGAUACCGAUCCUUCUUCAUUUUUCGAUAUGGUAGAAAAGGCAGGUCAAGGUGCAAGUGGAUCCGUAUACUUGGCUAAACGUGCACAAUUAUUACCUCAUCCUCCUGAAGAUGUUACCAAUUUAGAUCCUCCUCAAAUAGGUGACAAAGUGGCUAUUAAGCAGAUGAUUCUUUCCAAACAACCUCGUAAAGAAUUGAUUGUUAAUGAAAUUAUAGUCAUGAAGGACUCCCGCCAUAAGAAUAUUGUGAACUUUUUGGAAGCUUAUUUAAAGACUGACGAUGAUUUGUGGGUCAUUAUGGAAUAUAUGGAAGGUGGAUCUCUAACGGAUAUUAUUGAAAACAGCGCUGCCAUGGAAUCCAACCAUUCGCCUUUGACGGAACCUCAGAUCGCUUAUAUCGUCAGAGAGACUUGUCAAGGUUUGAAAUUUUUGCACGAUAGAAAUAUCAUUCACAGAGACAUUAAGUCAGAUAACGUUCUAUUGGAUACAAGAGCGCGUGUAAAGAUCACUGAUUUUGGUUUCUGUGCUAAAUUAACGGAUAAAAAGAGUAAAAGAGCUACUAUGGUAGGAACACCUUAUUGGAUGGCACCUGAAGUCGUCAAGCAGAGGGAAUACGAUGAAAAAGUCGAUGUCUGGUCUAUGGGUAUCAUGACAAUCGAAAUGUUAGAAGGCGAACCACCAUAUUUAAACGAAGAUCCAUUGAAAGCUCUCUAUUUGAUCGCUACCAAUGGUACGCCAAAAUUAAGAUCUCCUGAAAGACUAUCCCUAGAGAUCAAAAGAUUUUUAAGUGUUUGUCUUUGUGUUGAUGUCAAAUAUAGGGCGUCCACAGAAGAGCUUUUGCAUCAUUCAUUCUUUAGCAUGGCUUGCACACCUGAGGAUUUGGUUAAAUUGCUGGCAUGGAAGAGGUAG